CUAGAAAGAAAUAUGUCGAAUCUAGUUCUCCGAAUAAUAAGUAUACUAUUACAUUGAAAUCAGGGAGGGUUUUCGCUACAAAUCUUUCUCGAGGGCACACGUUAAUGGUGUUAUAGUUUACUAAUAUAAUAAAGGAUUUAAUUAAGGUGGAAUUAAAGAGAACAUUUAAUUUUAUACCCAAUUCAAUCUUAAACAUGUCGAAUCUAGUGUUCUGAAUAAUAAAGUUUUUCGAUCACGGAAGCCACCGGUAGUUUUUCACUUCUUCCUCAUGUUGAGUCGCGUGUCAUUGUUAAGUAAAUUAUUAUUUUUCCGUUAUAUUCCCCCCUUUUCAAUCCUAACCCAUAGAAAUCUCUUCACCUCCCGGUUUAAUAUGACUAUGGAAAGAUGUGUAGUGAGAUGUGUGCCGUGUGAGUCCAAACUGACCAUCUCGUUCAAUCUUGAUGGCAGUAAUAAACAGAUGCUGCGCGAGCAGACAGAACCUCUUGGGAAAGUUCUGGCUCGAAUAGCCAACGGCAUCAUCAAGACACAAAGCAAAUCGAAAAGAUCCAAACAAAGCAAAGGGAAAAGUGAGACUCCGGAAGCGGAUAAACCCGAAAUUAGUCUGUGCGUAAAUGGAGAGCAUGUGUCCGUGGACACCGUGAACUCUGAUGCGUGGCAGGAUGGAGCUGUGCUGCAUGUGGGGGAUUUGAAGUAUAAAGUGGAACGAAAUCCUCCAACAUUCACUGUAUCUGAGCUGCCAUCUUCUCUAAUGUCUGGGUUUCCAGUUUGUCCUAAGCUGGAGAUAGAGUUUGGAGAUCUUAAGGACUCUAACUUCAAAUGGUUCAAGGAAAGCUCACCUAAUGCCCAUAUGAGUGGAGAUCCAGACUGCUGGAAGGAGGCAGGACUCGAACGUGUGUUCACGCCAUCCAAUCUGGACAUUGGCUUGAGGGUGAUGUUGAAAUGCAUACCAGGGAAUGGAGCAAAGUUUGGAGAACCCAAGGAACUGGUGUCUUCAGGCACGGUAGAAGCCGGUCCAGGAACAUGCACCUUUGAUAGCAGGCACUUGUACACUCAGAAGGUCACCGAUGAGUCUACACUGAGGGUUGUGUCUUAUAACAUCCUAGCUGACAUCUACGCUCAAACUGAUCUUUCCAAAACGGUCUUGUACCCUUACUGUGCACCAUACGCCCUAGAGAUGGACUACAGGCAGAAUCUGAUCAAGAAGGAGCUGUCGGGGUACAACGCUGACAUCAUUUGCCUCCAGGAGGUGGAUAAGGGAGCUUUUUUAGAUAGUUUAUCUCCUGCGUUGGAUGCUUUUGGGUUGGAAGGGGUUUUCAAAAUCAAGGAAAGACAGUAUGAAGGUCUGGCGACGUAUUUUAGAAGGUCUAAGUUGAAAUUGCUCGAGCAAUAUGAUAUUAUGCUGAGCGAGGCCUUGACAGCAGAUCCUCUCCAUCGGGAACUGUUGGAGAAAGUGUCCACCAAUCCUAGCUUGAAAGAGAAGAUUGAAAACAGGUCAACGACGUUGCAGGUGACCAUUUUGCAGUCGUUAUGUGACCCGUCAAGGAUAUUAUGUGUCGGAAACACACACCUGUACUGGCACCCAAAAGGAGGAAACAUUCGACUGGUCCAGAUAGCUGUGGCCCUGAAACACAUGAAGCAGGUGGUGACGGAGAAGCAUCCCGGAGCCAGGCUUUUAUUCGCGGGUGAUUUCAACAGCACGCCCUCCUCCGGCCUCUUCCAGCUCGUCUGUCAGGGAUCCGUCUCGGAGAACCAUGACGACUGGGCCUCCAAUGGCCCAGAAGAGCUGAUCCAGGUGGGACUCAAUAACCCGUUCCAACUGGCCAGCGCUUGUGGGGUCCCGGCCUACACCAACUACGUCGGGGGCUUCCAGGGGUGUCUGGACUAUAUUUUUGUCGAGCCGCAUGUGCUGCAGGUGGAGCAGGUCAUUCCUCUGCCCAGCCACGAGGAAGUUACCACCUAUCUGGCCCUGCCGAGCGUCUCGCACCCGUCUGAUCACAUCGCGCUGGUGUGUGACCUCAAGUGGCGAACAAGUGACUAACAGUUUGUUUGCUUCAAAUGUGUCCAUGCACAUCAUCAAAUGUAAAAUGCAUUUGUUUACUUGGACCAUUUUAUAACUGUAAACAAUUUUAGCUUUUAAAUGAUGAUAAACUGUAUUUAUCAAAUAGCUUCAUUCUCACUUGUACAAUUUAAUAUUUAUGGUGAAGAUGAAUUAUUGUGACAUUUAUCAAAUGACACUAUUGACUCCUAUUUGGAAAUAUUAAAAGCUGUGUUUACAAUGUGA